AUGGCCGACGCAGCUGCCGCCGUUAACCCGUCGCCGCGCCAUGGUCUCGCAGCGCUAUGGCGCAGGAUCAAGGAGAUCGAUCUCGACCCCGAGACAGCGUUUCGUAAGAAGCGCCCCCCGCCCUGCGCUCGGAGCGUCUAUUUCAACGAGCCCCUACCUGCCGAGGCGUUUCAAGCCAAGAACGGCAGGAUCAAGCCCGAGUGGCAGUUUGCAUGUAACCAGGUCCUCACUGCCAAGUACACGCUGUACAACUUCAUCUUCAAGAACCUGCUCGAGCAAUUCCGGCGUGUGGCCAAUCUUUUCUUCCUGCUGCUCGUCAUUCUGCAGUUCUUCCCCAAAUUCCAGACCAUCUCGCCAGGUAUCGCCAUGCUUCCCCUGCUCGCCGUUCUGGCCAUCACAGCCUUGAAGGACGGGUACGAGGACGUCAAGCGGCACCAGUCUGACCGGCAAAUCAACCGUCUCCGCGUCAAGGCGCUAGUCGGCGGCGGCUGGACCAACCCGAAUGUGAUGGAAGGCAAAGCACGCAGCCUGACUUCCACCUGGACGUCCUUCUACUUCAACUACCUCGGCGGCAAGAAUAGGCAGAGCAAGCGCAUUGCCGGUGUGGGCGGCGCCGACGGAUGGGCGAGCGAGAGCAGACUCAGUCUCGCCUCGCAGCAAACAAACGACGACAACGGCACCGACGCGGCCGUCGCGAUGGGGGGCGGGGGCAUGGUGGGGGCCCCUGGCGGCGGCGGCGCUCCGCUGGCGCCAAUCAUCUCGCGCGCCGAGUCUAACAUCGACGGGCGCAGCAUCGCGUCCGAGCGCUAUCGGAUCCGGCGCACCACCUCUCGCGCGCAGUCCGCGUUCGAGAGCGAGUACGAAGCCGGCCCAGACGGGCGCAUGAUGCGCCGCGGCAAGCCGAUGACCGAGGAGCAGGAGCGGGAGUACUGGAGCAAGAAGGCUGCACGCUGGAAGCGCAAGAACUGGGAGGACCUCGCCGUCGGCGACUUUGUUCUGCUCGAGAACAACGACCCGAUUCCCGCGGACAUUCUUAUCUGCGCGACGAGCGAGGAGGAGGACACUUGCUUCAUCGAGACCAAGAACCUUGACGGCGAGACCAACCUCAAGAGCCGCCACGCCGUACCCGAGCUGGCGCACCUGCGCACGGCGGACGAGUGUGCGCACGCCAACCUGCGAGUCGACGUCGAGCCACAGGACACGAACAUGUACCGUCUUAACGGGAGCAUCGUCAUCACCGACCGCUUCGGCCGCGACGGCCUGCCGCUCAAGUGCCCCGUCACACUCAACGAGAUCCUCCUGCGUGGCUGCAACCUGCGUAACACCAAAUGGGUCAUCGGCAUGGUCCUUCUCACCGGCGUCGACACGAAGAUCAUUGCCAACUCGGGCAACACACCAUCAAAGCGCAGCAAGGUCGAGCGCCAGAUGAACCCGAUGGUGUACGUCAACCUCUCCAUCCUAGCCAUCGUCUGCAUCAUCUGCGCGAUCGUCGAUUCGCUGCUGGAGGUCUACUACUUCGACCGCUCGGCCUACUGGGAGUUCCGUGCGAUAUACAGCAACGACAACCCGCGUCUAAACGGGCUCGUCACGUUCGGCAACGGGCUGAUCACGUUCCAGAACAUCGUCCCCAUCUCAUUAUACAUCUCCAUCGAAGCUGUCCGCACGAUCCAGGCCUACUUCAUUUUUGACGACUACGAUAUCUACUACGAAAAGACCAAGCGUAGGACCACCGCCCGCUCCUGGAACCUCUCCGACGACCUUGGUCAGAUCCAGUACAUCUUUUCCGAUAAGACCGGCACGCUCACACAGAACCUCAUGAUCUUCCGCGAGUGCCACAUCGCCAGCGAGACGUACAGCGGCGACGAGCCGUUCGGAGGAGGCGAUAAGCCCGCUGCUGCGCGCUUGUUUGAGAAGGCGUCUGCGGCGGCGCUCUCCGCGAUGGAAAAGGAAAGCGACUCGGCCAGCUCGGCCGGGUUCGGCAAGAUGAGCGGUAGCAGCGGCAGCAACAACAACGGCAGCAGCAGCGGCGGCGGCCGCAAGCGCGUCAAGCCAGCCAAUCACGAUAUUCCGCCGUUCGCGGACGCCAAGCUUGCUGCGCACCUCAAGGACAGCAGGAGCGAGCAGGCCAAGGCGCUCGGUCUAUUCUUCCGAACCCUCGCUCUGUGCCACACGGCACUGACCGAGGAGGACGAGAAGGGGCAAAUCGUGUACAAGGCGCAAAGCCCAGACGAGCAGGCGCUCGUCCAGGCUGCGGCUGAGGCCGGCUUCGUCUUCCUCAACAAAGAGCGCAACGUCCUCAGCCUCCAGACCCCCGACUCGGUCGAGCCGGAGCAGUAUGAGCUGAUCACUGUGCUCGAGUUCAGCUCGGCACGCAAGCGCAUGGGCGUCAUCGUCCGCCGGCUCUCCGACAAGCAGAUUCUUCUCCUCGCCAAGGGCGCCGACAGCGUCAUCUUUGAGCGCUGCGCCCCCGGCCAGGACGAGCGAAAAGACAAGACGGACGACGCGCUCGAGGAGUUUGCCAACAAGGGCUUGCGCACGCUCUGCCUCGCGUACAAGGAGCUCGCCCUGGAUGCCUACGAGGCAUGGGCCGUCGAGUACCAGGAGGCCAGCGUCGCGCUCGAACGGCGUGAGGAGCGCAUGGAGGAGCUCGCCAGCGCGCUCGAGCGCGAUUACGUCCUGCUCGGCGCGACAGCGAUCGAGGACAGGCUGCAGGACGGCGUGCCAGAGACCAUUGCUGACCUCAAGCGAGCUGGCAUUAACGUCUGGGUCGCGACGGGUGACAAGCUCGAGACUGCGAUCGCCAUCGGCUACUCGACUAUGCUGCUCGCCAAGGACAUGAACCUGAUCGUCGUCCGCGGCGGCGGAUACGGCGAGCCCAACUCGGCGUACGAGCAGCUGCGUAAGGCCGUGGAGCAAUUCUUUGGCGGCGAAGAGACGCUGCAACAGAUGGCGCACCAGCCACCCGACUGGGACUUUGAGGGACAGCCCGACGACAGCGAGCGGCCCAACCUGCGUCGCCAUGCCCGCAACUCGACCGUCAGCGCCAACUCGCUGGUCGGCGAGGGAAACGGCGAGCGCUCGGGCGGCUAUGCGCUUGUCAUCGACGGCACGGCCCUCGGCCAUGCGCUCGCGGAGGACUUCAGCAAGGACCUCCUCCUGCGCAUCUCCACACAGUGCAAGGCCGUCCUCUGCUGCCGUGUCAGUCCCCUCCAGAAGGCUCUCAUCGUCAGGCUCAUCAAGGACGGCCUUGGCGUCAUGACCCUCGCAAUCGGCGAUGGUGCCAAUGACGUGUCCAUGAUCCAGGCUGCCCACGUCGGUGUCGGUAUCGCAGGCGAGGAGGGUCUUCAGGCCGUCAACUCUUCAGAUUAUGCCAUCGCACAGUUCCGCUUCCUCAAGCGGCUGUUGCUCGUGCACGGCCACUGGUCAUACUACCGCAACGGCACCAUGAUCGUCAACUUCUUCUACAAGGAGAUCAUCAAUAUUGGCUAUCUCUUCUGGUUCCAGAUUCACUGCGCCUGGUCCACAACGCAAGCCCUCGAUUACGUCUACCUGCUUCUCUGGAACGCCUUCUGGACACUCGCCGCCGUCAUCGGUGUUGGCGUUUUUGAUCGCAACAUCGACGAUCGUGUCCUCAUGGAGGUGCCAGAGCUCUACAAGCGUAGUCGUAAAGGCAGCUACUUUGGCCUCAGGCUCUUCCUGAUCUACAUGCUCGACGGGCUGUGGCAGUCGGCGGUGCUCUACUUCUUUUACGCGUACAUGUAUGACACGACCACCCCACGCACCGACGGCUACUCGAUCGACCUGUAUGAGUGGACUACCGCCAUGGCCAUCGCGUCGGUCCUCAUUGCCAAUCUGUUUACCGGAUUGGCCGCUCGAGCAUGGACGUGGUGGAUCUUUGCGGCCGUCUGGUUUGGACCGGCCCUCUUCUUCGUCUUCGCCCCCAUCUAUGCCGCCUUCAAUCCAGACAUGAUUUGGACCUACUCAUGGGGCAAUAACUACCUUCUCUACCGAUCAGCAUACUUCUGGUUCUCGGGACCUCUCUGCAUGGUGGCCUCGCUUCUUCCUCGGUACCUGUGGAUGCUAUAUCGGACGAAUUACCUCCCGACGGACAUCGACAUUCUGCGGUACGUCCACAAGGUCGAUAAUAAGCACGACUUUGUCCGCGAUCCGUACAUGCCUGGGCGUCACCCUACAGAGGAGUACAUCAUCCCACUGCCUACCCACAGUCGCAACGCUUCCGUUGCAUCCGAUACAGACGGGGUGCACGAGACGCACGCUUUGCGGCCAAUUCAGAGUCGCGCGAGCAGCACCCACUUUGACAUGCUCACGGGCGAAGCACGACCGAAUCGUGGCUACAACUUCAGCGCAGAAGACUUGUCGCCCAAGCCACAGAAGAAGGCGCAUCGCCGCUUAUCCAUCCGUGACAAGCUGCUCCCUGUCUCGAUCAAGAAGACGCUCAGGCGAAAACGCUUGUCAACUGUCGAGCAAAAGCACGAAGAAGAGGAAGAGGCGGCGGCGGCAGAGCGGGUGCCGGAGCCGGAGCGCCAGCAAAUGGCAGACAGUGGACAUGGUCAUGACAUUGAAGCGGCGCAGCUGCGGAGAUCGUUCUCACAUUUGCAAGAGGAGAUCAUCUACGAGCCAGAAGAGCAGCAAGGGGACACGCCUCAAGAGCACAUCCAGCCAUCAUCUCCGACAGCAGCAGGCUCGACCGCGCAUACAGAUGGGGUGACAACAUCACCGGCUGCGCGCUUUCCGACAAGCUUUAUGUCCCUACCGACGGGCCCAUCAGCGUACGGGGGUUUUACACAAUCACCCGUUUCGUGGUCCACUGCUGAACAGCUGGCGCGGAGUGGCUCUCUCCACUCACGGCAACAUACCGCUGAUACAUCGCAGUUCUCGUAUGGAACGGCUCAAGAUGAUAGUCUCGUCUCCGCGGAGGAUGAAUUUUCUCCACCUUCCCAAGAGCCCUCGGGAACUACAGGCGUUCGGCAAUGA